CGAAGGUUGCCGACGACGUGGUGGUCCUCCUCGUGUGUCGUCCGCAUCUCUAGUGGCCGCCUGUUACAUCGAUAACACGUGGUAGCAUCGACGAACGAUACUCGGAACGUUGAUCCGUGAACGGCACGACCUCGUCGUCGUCGAAGAGGCAUCCUCGAAGCACGAGGGCAUCGGCCAAGAGGAGGGAAGGCGAGAAGCCUUCUGCGCUCCUCGAGGAUGUCGCCGCUUCCUCGACGUCGACGACGACGUGGAUGUACGCGCUUCUCGCGGAUUAUACAUCCUCAGAUGAGGGUGGGUUACUGCCAGAUAGCGGUGGUAUCGUGGAGAACGACGUUGCGGUUGGCGAUGGCACCAGCUUGAACCCUUCUGUCUUUCAUCAACAUCAACAACAACAACAACAUUCGAAUCGUUAUCGACAAGAUCAACCGCAGUUACAACAAAGCCAGCAACAAUACCGUCGACAUCAGGAGGAGGAGCUGGAGGACCUGCUGUGCUUUCGUGGACCACCAGAACAGGAAAUGGUGGCCCAAGAAAUGGCACAGAGUUAUACGCAGCUCCUCCAUCCGGGUCAAGAACCACAAGAAUUCAUAUCGUUGGAGGAGCUUCAACCACGCAUACAUCAAGAUCAUCACGAUCGUGGCCAAGUGAUUUCAACCAGUGCUCAACUAUAUCAGCAUCCUCAUCAACAAGAACAGCAAAGGAGUUAUUAUAAUCUUUCGGCGGUUCAAGAAAGUUCGUGUCCCACGGUUUAUUUCAGCGACAUAGGAACGGGCUCGGGGGUGGGAGAAGUAACCGCCAACUCGGCGGGGGGUGGCGAAGGUCUCAGCCUGACUCCAACCCCCGCCAACAACAGCAACAAUACAACUACCGCCACCCCCAACACGACCGGCGCUACCACCAUUGCGAUUACCACAACCACCACCACCACCACCACCACCAGCAACGACACUACGCCGCAGGUCGUAACGGGGGCUGAACCGCCCCAGCACAUGGAGACACCCCCGACGAUGGUCCCUGACCAGGCACCCGCCUCCGGCCAUCACUAUCAUCGUCAUCACCACCACCAUCACCAUCAUCAUCAUCAUCAUCAACAACAACAAGAACAACGUAGCGCGUCCACUACCCCUAAUCAUGGACCAAAUACAGAUACUUCGGAGGAAUUCCUGGCGGAUUCUAGGAAGCGAAAACUCUCUUGCCACGAUGGUAGUAAUUUAUUGGACGAUGUGGGAGACGAUGCCAAAUUUGUUCGCACAAACGACGACAGCAAAAAACAAAAUCAUAGUGAAAUUGAGAAAAGAAGAAGGGAUAAAAUGAACACCUAUAUUACGGAACUUUCAGCGAUGGUACCGAUGUGCCAUGCAAUGUCUCGCAAACUUGACAAAUUAACUGUGCUCAGGAUGGCUGUGCAACACAUAAAGACCAUCCUCGGUGCUGUCACUUCCUAUACGGAGGGUCAUUAUAAGCCAGCAUUCCUGAGCGAUCAGGAGCUCAAGACGCUCAUACUUCAAGCUGCGGAGGGUUUUGUCUUCGUGGUGGGCUGUGAUCGUGGAAGAAUACUCUAUGUAUCCGAGUCUGUUUUGCAGACACUCAAUUAUUCUCAGGGCGACCUACUGGGUCAAAGUUGGUUCGAUAUCUUGCACCCUAAAGAUGUUGCCAAGGUGAAGGAACAACUAUCUUCUUCGGAUCUUAGUCCACGUGAACGAUUAAUAGAUGCCAAAACAAUGUUACCAGUGAAAACAGAUGUGCCUCAGGGUGUAUCGAGGCUAUGCCCAGGUGCACGAAGGUCUUUCUUCUGCAGAAUGAAACGAAAAGUGGAAGGAAUUCGUUGCGGUGACUUGCAAGUGAAAGAAGAAGCUGAUACUACAAGUGGGUGCCAUCGACGCAAAAAGCAACAAAACGUUGACUGGAAAUACUGUGUCAUUCAAUGUACCGGUUACCUAAAAUCCUGGGCACCUGCAAAAAUUGAUCUGGAGGAGCAAGAAGGUGAUGGAGAAGGGGAGGCUUGUAAUUUAUCGUGUUUGGUAGCUGUUGGUCGUUUACAAUCCACCAUACCAACAUCCUUGCCUAAGAAACCAAAUUUAAGGCCGAUUAAAUUUGUCUCGAGACAUGCGAUGGAUGGCAAAUUUCUUUUCGUCGAUCAGAGGGCUACAUUAGUGUUAGGUUUCCUACCGCAAGAGCUGCUAGGUACAAGCAUGUACGAAUAUUAUCACCAUGAUGAUAUUCCUCAUCUCGCGAAAUCUCAUAAAGCUGCUCUUCAGGCCACCGAAUGCAUCACCACACAGAUAUACAGGUUUAGAACCAAAAACGCCAGCUUUGUGAGACUUCAAUCUGAAUGGAAAUCUUUCAGAAAUCCAUGGACCAAAGAUAUCGAAUAUCUAAUAGCUAAAAACUCUGUUACUUCUUGUGACUCUCGAUCAAUUACAAACAGUGGGAACAGAUCUGAAGAUUCCAGUGUUCAAGGCAACUAUGAUUACUUCACACAGAGUAACGGUGGAUUAGAAAGAUUAAUCUCAAGUCAUGUGGAGGUAAGUAAAAUUGGACGACAAAUAGCGGACGAGGUUCUGGACCUUCAGAGACGCUGUGAAGAUUCUUCUUCCGGUGGCAGUCCUGGACCUGGACCGGAAUCAACUCUGUUAAAUACUGAGUCACAGAUCACCACCACGGCAUCACCAGAGAGAGUCCAGGAUUUGACGCAGCCACUUAGAAGCAGCAACAACAGCACCACUAAUCCUGCACCAACGUACAACCACAUUGCAAGCAACUUGCAGCUGAACAGCAUCGCGAACGACCAAGGAACGUCACCAGACGAGGAUAUGAUGGAUAUGAUCGGGGGUACAACGAUAAACGAAUCACCAAACCCGGUGCCAUCGGAUGGCAACGACGAAGCAGCAAUGGCCGUGAUAAUGAGCCUUCUAGAGGCGGACGCUGGCUUAGGUGGCCCUGUGGACUUUUCCGGUUUACCUUGGCCGCUUCCAUAGUACAUUCUUUUACCAAGUCUCCCUCAGUGUCUGAACAUAUGUACCUCAAGUUGAACUGUUUAUUUUUCAAAAAUCCUACAAAGUGUGUGCGUGUACAUAUAAACUAAGUGAGACCAUUAUUAAACUGUUCAUCAUUUUUAAAUUGUGCUUCAAGUACUUGAAUCAACAGCGAGUGUGUGUCUGUAUUUGCACUUUGGUUUAUCAAACAUUCCAUCAUUUUUUUUUAUUUCCUUAGACAGCGAACAGCUGUUUGGUGCUGAAAGGGUGCUGUUUAGGUUUUUUUAUAGACAUGCCAUUUCUGUGAUCAAUUACGGAAUAUUAUACGUACAGAACAGUUAAGUUUAAGUGGACAUUUAUUAUUCGUUUCGGAGAUUUUCGUGUCGAUCAUCGAAUCACUGGAAACGUUGCGCCGAAUGUGGAAGAAAGGAUUUCUUUCUAGAGGUAGAAAAUUGAUUCUCUCUUUAAUUGAAAUUUAUCAAUGAGAAGAUUAUUCGGAAAUAUCAACUUCGAAUCGUCGUAGGAAAAGUUAAUAAAAUAAUAUCAGAUCUCCUACCUCAGUUUGCGUUUCAUUGUAAUCUAAUUUUGUCAUUGAAAAAAAAUCAUAUACGAGAUUAUUGGAUUUUGUUAAAUCUUUUUAAAAUCACUGUAAAUUGGAAAUUUAAUCAGUUGUUUUCUUUUCUUUUUUUCGUUAAUAUUGUGAUAUAAGUAUGAAUAAUAAAAUAAACAUCAAAUGAAAUUCUUUGAGAAUCCAACACCGCCAGGAGAAAUUAAAUGGCAAUAACUGCUAACAUACGCAUCCUCCAUUAUACAUAAGUUCUUUACGCGGUAAAUGUCUUGAAGAAUACUGAACAUCGAGAGACGAAAGCCAUAAAAUUGAAAGGCGAAGUUCCUGACCGUAGCUUUUUAGCGACAAAUUAACAUUGCGUGUAAAUAUGUAUCUCACAAAACGCCAAAAGUACCUAAUUAAAGUGUAAGAAAUCACGGUAAUAAAUAGAAUUUUCUCCGCAUAGCAUACCGCAUUUCAUACUGAAAAAUAUCGGUAGUUUUUUCCUUUUGCUCCGAAGGUGUUGCUAUUUUAUCAUCAAAAUUGAAUUAUUUGCGCAAAUUAAGUUUCUAUGUACUUGCUUUUUAAUUAUCUCUUCAUCUCAAUUGAAAUGUAAUGUCAUAUUUGUAAUUUUAUAAAUGCGUGGUGUUUCUUACAUAAAAAAUAUUUUUAAAAAGUGGCGAACUCACUUCAUGAUGCAGCUAAGUAAAUUGAUCGAUGAAGAAAAUUAAUUUUCAUACGUUACAUAAGUAUAAUGUACAUAAAACGUGUAUAUGUAAAUAAAUAAUUAAAUGUAAUGUGCGCGCGCGUAUGUGUGUAUGCCUGUGUAUGUGUUACAGUGUAGCAUAACAAUAAUAUACUGGAAAAAUAAAUGUUAUUAUGUAGAGAAAAGAAUGUUACCGCCACUAAAUGUAGACAAAAUUCUUGGAAACUGUAAUUGUUUUUAUAUUAAAUUUUACAUUAUAAAUCUUA